CAUGGUGAAGAAGUUCGGGUCGUCGUCCCGGUCCACGGCCUGGCUGUAGCAGCGGUAGCGCAGCAGGGACGCGGCGGUCGCCGGUAGAGCCGAGUCAGCAGCGGAGCAGCCCGAGGCCAGGACGCUGCCUGCUCCCCGGCUGCAGACCGCCACCUCCCCGCCAUGCUGCCGUCUGAUUGGUGGAGCCAGCUGCUCUGCCCGGUGAUUGUUUCCAGCUGUGAAACUCACCAACAUCUGCAUCCGUCAGACUUCAUGUGUGACCGUCCAAAGAUCCACGUCUUCCUGGGGGCUCCUCCUCCCUCCUCCAGCCCAGCUUUGGUGUCUGAAGCUGGGGUGGAGGGUGAAGAGCGUCUCCCUGCCGGCUGGAGACACCUGGAGCUCACCUGGCAGGACGGACAACUGAGGCCUGCAACAGACGAGGCUGGAAAUCGAACCAGCGGAGAAAACGUGGCAGCUGAAGAUGACGAUCAGUGUUCGGCUUCAGUGCAGGAGUAUCUGGACAGCUGCUUCCCUGCAGCUCAGCCAGGACCUGAACCAGAACCUGAACCAGAACCUGAACACCUGUCCGCACAGACUCAGUACCUCACCACCUGGACGCUGAGUCAGGCUUUGAUCCUGAGGGGCAGAUGUGGCAUCCAAUCAACAACCAGCCCUGAGAAAACUCCGCCUCCACCUCCUCAAACCCCGCCCAGACACACCCAAACGCCUCCGUCCGCGUCCUCCAGCACACCAGAGCUCUUCAGCCCUGUGACGCUGUCACCCGGAGCGUCUGCAGAGCUCUUCAGUGAACCCUGCCUGACCCCAAGGGUGGAGGAGGGCGGUGUCGUGGUCGAGGCUACCACAGACGGCGUCCUCUGUUCCCAGGAGGCCGAGCGACGUGUAUCCACGCCUGCCCAGGACUCCCCCGCCAAACCCCCUGAUUCAAAGAGAGCUCGAAGCUCAGAGGACCAAACGACUGAAGCGUCAGCCGCCACCGCCACCGCUGCCGGGCUCAGAGGUCCGACCACACUGCUGUCCAGGUGUGACAAACGCAGAGUCAGGUACUCGGUUCUGGUGGCGGUGGUUCACCCCAGUCACCUGAAGGAGGUCAAGGUGAAGUCUGGGCCGACGGCGGGAACCUUCGUUCCUCUGGCAUCCAUCGUGGUAACGGACCAAUCAGGCGUGGAGAUGAAGGUGGUGCUGUGGCGGCGAGCGGCGUUCUGGGCGUUGACGGUUAGUCCUGGAGACAUUCUGCUCAUCACAGGUCUGCAGGUGAAUGACGACAGGUGGCGAGGAGAGACGGUACUGCAGUCGACCUUCAGCAGCAAACUGCUCAACCUGGGACAGAUCGCUGCCUCCACCUGCCCGCCAGGUACGAUGCCUGCGACCAAUCAGAAGCCUCCUCGGCACGUCAACGCUCGCUCACUCGAUGCUCUGUGCAGCUUCCUUCGUGAGCGGCGCCCCCUGCUGGUCUCACUGAAGCUCCGCCCCCCUCAGGACCUGAACUGCCUCCCCUACGCCGCCCUGAGGUCACUGAAGGUCAACACGCUGGUCCACGCCCUGCUGCGUGUCACACACACACACAUGAGCACAGCGUGGCGGAGCGACGCCGAGUCUCGCUGCCGGUCGGCCGUCCAGCUGAAGGCCGUCCUGACCGUGGAGCAGCCGGGUGGCCAGCAGGGGGCGCUGCUGCUGUGGGGCGCAGCGGUGGAGUGGCUGCCUCGCUUCAACCGAGACCGAGGCGCCGUGUGGGACUUCCGCGUCCUCCUGGUGACUGGCGGUUUGACCUCUGACCUCCCGGAGCUGCACUCCACCCCCUGGAGCUCCGUCAGGCCUCUGGAGCCGGACGACCGCCGGGCGCAGAGCUUCCUCCAACCACGGCCACGUCAGACAGGAAACAGCAGCAGCGUAGAGCUCGACCUCGCCACGCUGCUGUCCCAGAAAUACAGUGGUGACGUGGAGCUCAGAGUCGAGGUCGCCGCCUUCCACUUCCAGGAUUCUCGACCUUCCCAGAAUGCACCACAGCCCGUCCUGGACAGUUCCACGCGCUUGGACGGUAUCCUGGCGGCGCUGAGCGGUGACAUCACGUACACCGGCUGCGGUCGCUGCUCCGCUGAGCUCGACACCGACGCCAACGGCAUCUACGACCCGUGUUACCCCUGCCUGCCCCACACCGCCGUACGCCGCUACUACAGGCCAGGUGUGCUGACAGUGAGUAGGUGGGGCAGCAGUCAGGUGUGUGUUCAGGUUCCUCCUGUCCCGCUGGAGAAGAUCCUCGAAGCUCCACCAGAUAAACUCCACCGGAGCUCAGCUCCGGGUUCGCAGGUGAAGUUCAUCCAGGCGGCAGCAGAGAGGCUGCAGACGCUCCUCGCCCUCCCCAGAAAAACCUUCAUCGUCACUGUCCGGAGCCACUUCCUGUGUGACGAAAACAGCGUCCCCAUCAGUCAGGACUUCACGCUGCUGGAUCUUCAGUUCCCUGCCUGACGGAGGUCACCUGACGGAGGUCACCUGACGGAGGUCACCUGACGGACAGACCAGAUCCAGCUGGACCGGUUAGACGUGAUGUGACACAAGCUUCUUUUGUUUUCUGAUCGUCUGCAAACAGAUUUAGAUUCCUGCUUCAUUGAUUUAUUUUCCAAAAUAAAAGUAUAUAAACAGACCGAUUUAAAGGCAGCUGGGCUUUUAUUGUUUCAAAUCAAAGAUGAAUUAUCUGUAUGAGCUACAUCACAUCAUCAAUAUUAACUUUAAAUGUACAGUUAAAAAAUACAUCACACUGUUAAUCAAUGCAUAAUUAAUCAGUUGAUUCAGCCCCGCCCUCGAGUCAUUGAUCAGCUUGGUCAGUGUUGUGAUAACUGUCUGUGGCUCACAGAGUGUCGAACAUCUCAGAUAUAAAUUCAGGAAAAGUUCAACAUUAAAUAAAGUCAGCGAUUAGCUUAGCAUCAAUAAAUAGCUCUUCCUGUGUUUGUGUUAAACGUGCUUCCAGCCGUUAUGCUAACCGUGUUAAUGAUGAAUAUUAAUCGUUAACAUGUGAUUGUUGAACUUUUCCUGUUAGAUGAACUCAAAAUGAAACGUGUUUAAGAGAAAAAAAUAAUUAAAUGUGAAUUAAACGAA